AAAACCCAAACCAAACCAAAUCGCGAUCACACCCCCCGCCUCAUCACCCGGCCCUUGCUCGUGGCCCACCACGCCUGAAGGACCUCACCUCAUCGUACCCUUGUUUGUGUAGAACCUACAGAGUUCGAACACCUGCCUGUGGACGAAUGGCGACGGAAGUGACUCGGACUGCUGGGAACCGCCCCGGUUUCUCGCAGGUGGUCACGCUGGCUUGGCUGGUGGGGCUUCUACAGGCGGCGGAAGCUUUCUCAUUCACUGCAAGUUCUUCUGUCGGAGCUCUUCGAAAUGUGGCGGUAUCAUCUGCCCCAUUCCAGCGGAAAUGGAGACGCAGAAGAUCUCUCAACAGGGGCUCGGGUGGGGUGUCAUCUCUCAAGGCGAUCGGUGUGACCUCGUCGGUGAUUGAAAGCGUCGCCAAGGGUAUCUUGAAUCUGGCACUCGCCAACCCCAGGCAGGCGACCGUGGAAUGUACGGUCAACAGCUCGGCGAUGAAUCUCGUUCGAGGUAAUUUGGAGCAGGCCAAGGUGGAUGGGUUGAACUGGGUGACGCCCAUGGGGAUGACGCUGCGCACAAUCGCACUCACGCUGAACGAGAUGAACAUCAAGCCAUCUGAGGUGUUUCGCGGAAAGAUCUUGUUCAAGUGUCCAGCUGAGGGCGAGGCCCUGAUCGAGCUAGACGCCCAAGACUUCGGCAACUUCUUGGUGCACCCUCUGCUGACCACGGCGGAUCUUCCCAGCGGAAAGUUCGAUUUCCGGCGGGAAGGAACGGCCCUCGACGUCGAACGAGGCCGUGCGACCUUCACUGGAAGUUGGCAAGGGCAGCCGGUAGUCAUGGAGGCGUGCCAACCGGACAGGUUUGGCAAGAUCCACGCGCGAGUGGCGCAGCGAGGCCGACUGACCGACCUGGGCAUCAGGACACUCUCCGAGGAGAUGACGCACUUCUUCAACACCGUCGUCCUGGACCUAGACGGCACCGCCGUGCGGUUCAGGGACAUGUACCACGGCUACAACAGCCGAGGAGAGCCGUCGCUGCGCGUGACGGUGAGCGUUGUGGUGCACCGACUGCCCAAGCCCGAGAACAUGAAGUUCUAG